AUGCAGCAACCACCCAUGCAAGCAGCUCUCCACUCCCACUGCCGCACCCGAAAUCCGCGCAAUGCCCGCACACGCACGCACACACGCACCCAUGAUGCAUAUUACAUGCCACCGACACAUGUCACCGACCCAGAGGAAGGCCGCCAUCGCAACCCCAAACCAACAAGGCACGAGGAAUGCUUGCAGACCAGGCCGCCUCGUCAUCGCCGCCACUCACCACGACAAACGACGACGCCCGACUCAACCCUGGACACAGAGAGUUACGAACAGAUGCAGUUUAUGCGCCCCACUGCCGUCCCUCGUUGA